ACCGUUUUUCCUUUUCUUUUAAGUAGGGAAUUAAAUAAAAAAAAGUACAAAGUAACAAUCAAUUUAUAAAGAGAACCAAGUAGAUUUUUUACCGCAAACGCAAAUGGCUGAUAAAAAUGCAGUUAAUACAAAUACUUUUUCAAUACCUGACUAUUUGGUAUUUGCAGCAACGUUAUUGAUAUCUAGUGUAAUAGGUAUAUAUUUUGCUUGUGGAGGAAAGCAAAAAAAUACAAAAGAAUAUUUAAUGGCUGGCCGAAAUAUGUCUUGGUUUCCAUUAUUUGUGUCUCUACUGGCAUCAUACUUAUCAGCGAUUACUCUAUUAGGAGUUCCAUCAGAAAUAUUUACUUACGGCAUUCAAUAUAUUAUAUUGUCUUUCUCUUAUUCAAUAGUAGUACUUGUGAGCUCAACAAUUUUUUUACCAAUUUUUUACAAUUUGCAAAUGACCAGUUCAAAUGAGUAUUUAGAAAAAAGAUUUACGCCUGGUAUCAGAUCUCUAGGAUGUGUUCUUGUUAUGACACAAUAUAUUUUGUAUCUUGCUGUGGUUUUAUAUGCUCCAAGUUUAGCAUUAGAAUCAGUUGCAGGAAUACCGCUCACAGCAACCAUUAUUAGCACAGGUGUUGUUUGUACUUUCUACACAACAUUGGGUGGCAUGAAAGCAGUAAUUUGGACAGAUGUAUUUCAAGCUGGUAUAAUGGUGGCUGGGCUAGUUGUUGUUAUGGUUAUUGGACUUAUAGAAAUUAAAGGUUUCAAAAAUUUAUUUACAAUUGCAACAAAAGGAGAAAGAAUGACACUCUUUGACUUCAACCCUGAUCCAACUGUUCGAAAUACAUUUUGGACUCUUCUUAUUGGUGGAGCUUUUACUGCAAUGCCUUUAUGGACAGUCUGUCAACCUGCUGUUCAGCGAUUUCAAGCUGCUAAAAGCAUAGCUGAAUCAAAAAAGGCACUUCUAAUGAAUAUUCCAGGUCUCAUGUUUAUUGUUCUUUUAUGUGCUUUGGAUGGUUUAAUUAUUUAUGCAGUCUACCAUGAAUGCAAUAUUGGAGUUGGUGGAAUAAAAGCUGUAAAGAGUAAUGAUCAGGUUCUACCAUAUUUCAUCAUUCACAAAAUGGGUCAUUUAAAAGGUGUUGCUGGUUUAUUUACAUCGUGUUUAUUCAGUGGUGCAUUGAGCACAGCAUCUUCUGGGCUGAACUCAAUGGCUGCUGUUGCAUUAGAAGAUAUUGUAAAAAAGAUAAAACCUGGUAUCUCUGAACAAGCAUCUACCAUGGCUUCUAAGACUAUUGCUUGCUUUUUGGGAGUUGUUGUUAUUGGACUAGCAUUCUUAGUGUCAUUGUUUGGUUCCAUGGUUUUGCAGCUUGCAUAUAGUAUUUUCGGUAUUGUUGGAGGCCCUUAUCUUGGUUUAUUCUUUCUUGGAAUGAUGUUUCCAUUUUCUAACUCAAAGGGAGCUUACUGUGGAGCUUUAAUAGGUGUAUCCUCUACAUUAUGGCUAGCUAUUGGUGGGUUUUUGUAUCCUCCAAACAAACAUGAAGCUGUAAUACAUGUGUAUGGUUGUAAUGUUUUUAAUAGCACUAAUGCAACUAUUGGUUUUAAUAGCACUAAUGCAACAAUGAAUUGGCAAAAUAGGAGUGGAGAGAUUAGGCCAAUUUAUAUUGCACCUAAUAUAAAUCCUUUGCUUGCAUCAUGGUAUUCAGUGUCGUAUCUCUGGUAUGCUGCAAUUGGUGUGAGUUUCACUGUGGCUGCCGGUUGUCUGUUUUCCUUGAUUUUUAAUGUGUUGUCCUCAGAAGAAAAAUGUGCAAUUGAACCAAGGCUUUUGUUUGAUUAUGGAGCUUUCUUUCAAUCAAUUACUCCAUCCUGCCUUCGAAAGACUAAGUACAUUGUUGAUGAAAACACUGAGAGUUCUGAAAAUCUCGGUUCAAUUCAAAUGUGUCCUUCAACAACAAAACUUUGUGAAGAUAAUUUUAAAUAAACUAAAAUCAAAAA